AUGGCCGCUCCAUCCAGCCAGCCUGUUUACCGGGCCACUACCACUGCUCCUGUCAACAUUGCUGUCAUCAAGUACUGGGGCAAGCGUGAUACUACUCUCAACCUUCCCACUAACUCCUCCCUCUCUGUGACUUUGUCGCAAAAGUCUCUCCGCACCCUCACCACCGCCUCAUGCUCUCCCUCCUACCCCACCGAGGAUACUCUCAACUUGAACGGCAAGCCCCAAGAGAUCCAGUCCUCCAAGCGCACUCUCGCUUGUAUCUCCAGCCUCCGUGCUCUCCGCAAAUCCCUGGAGGAUGCGGAUUCUUCUCUCCCCCAGCUCUCCACUUUCCCUCUCCGACUUGUUUCUGAGAACAACUUCCCCACCGCCGCUGGCCUGGCUAGUUCCGCUGCUGGCUUCGCUGCUCUGGUCCGCGCCAUUGCCGACUUGUACCAGCUACCCCAGUCUCCCCGUGAGCUGAGUCGCAUUGCUCGUCAGGGUUCUGGCUCUGCCUGUCGCUCCUUGAUGGGUGGCUACGUCGCGUGGCGCACCGGUGAGCUUGCAGAUGGUAGUGACAGUUUGGCUGAGGAGGUUGCCCCCGCAUCCCACUGGCCCGAGAUGCGCGCACUGGUCCUUGUCGUCAGUGCCGAGAAGAAGGAUGUCUCCAGUACCGAGGGUAUGCAGACCACCGUCGCUACCUCUGAGCUGUUUGCCCAGCGUGUCGCAACUGUUGUCCCCGAGCGCAUGACCGCUAUUGAGGAAGCCAUCCGUGAUAAGGACUUCCCUAAGUUUGCCGAGAUCACCAUGCGUGACUCCAACACUUUCCAUGCUACCUGCCUGGACUCGUGGCCCCCAAUUUUCUAUAUGAACGAUGUUUCGCGUGCUGCUGUCCGCCUGGUGCAUGAUAUCAACAACGCCGUUGGCCGCACUGUCGCUGCCUACACCUACGAUGCUGGCCCUAACUCCGUGAUCUACUACGAGGAGAAAGAUUCCGAGCUUGUCGCCGGAACCGUCAAGGCCAUUCUGGGCGCCACCGCCGGCGGCUGGGACGGUCCCUUCCACGAGCCCCUGGUCAAUGUCAACUCGGGUGUUUCCCUGGAGAAGACUGACCCCCGUGUCCUUGAAGUCCUGAAGAGUGGCAUCAGCCGUGUCAUCCUGACCGGUGUCGGCGAGGGCCCCAUCUCCGUUGAAGACCACCUUGUGUCCGAGACUGGUGAGAUGGUCAACCAGUAA